UUUUUGUUAUGGAUGCAAAUGCAAUUUUUUGUUUGUUUUAAAACUCAUAAACUAACCACCGUUUUCUUUGACUCCAUCUUGCUUUUCCUGGAGUAGUUCGACGGCUUAAAGCCAUAGCAAAUCUGAUAUUUUACUGAACAAAGAUGGAAAGUCCGAUCCAUUGUUUUUGUUAUGGAUGCAAAUGCAAUUUUUUGUUUGUUUUAAAACUCAUAAACUAACCACCGUUUUCUUUGACUCCAUCUUGCUUUUCCUGGAGUAGUUCGACGGCUUAAAGCCAUAGCAAAUCUGAUAUUUUACUGAACAAAGAUGGAAAGUCCGAUGGCUUCAGAGCAAUGCGAUUCCAAGUCUAAUUACCGGAAGGUGGGUGCCGAGUCGCCGAGACCGCCGUCUAAUGGGGUAGGUUUUGACUUCGGCGGCAGUGACAGAAGAUUCGCAUAUUCGCGUCAAGCAUCGUUUCACCAAUCUAACAGUCUAUCGAAGCCUCUGCUGACGCGGAACGUUUCGAGCAUCGAUAUACCGGAUAUUUACUCUAGAGAUUCGCCCUACGUAUUGUCCCAGGAAUCAAAGAUCUCUGACGAGAAAUUUUCCGUUUCUUCUCUUCUUUCAGCUGUUUUAAGAGGCGUCUUAUCGGGGAACAAGCCGAUGAGGAGGCUGUUUGUGUUGAUUUCACUUAAUGUAGCUUAUUCUACAGUCGAGUUAUGCCUUGGGCUUUUUUCAGGCCGAGUAGGUCUGGUCUCAGAUGCAUUUCACUUGACAUUUGGCUGUGGCCUCUUAACAUUUUCAUUGUUUGCAAUGGCUAUUUCUAGGAGAAAGCCUGAUGGAACCUACACAUAUGGGUACAAGAGAUUAGAAGUUUUGUCUGCUUUCACUAAUGCUACAGCUCUUUCUAUUGUUUUUGUCAUUCUCCUUAGCGGUUGAAGCACUUCAUGCAUUCAUACAAGAUGAAUCCGAGCACAAGCAUUAUUUGAUUGUUUCUGCUGUUACCAACUUGCUGGUGAAUCUCAUUGGUGUCUGGUUCUUCAGAAACUAUGCUCGCAUUAAUCUUGUUUACAGGAAGGCGGAAGAUAUGAAUAAUCAUUCAGUUUGUUUGCAUGUGAUAGCUGAUUCCAUCCGGAGUGCAGGUUUGAUCCUAGCCUCUUGGUUGUUGACAUUAGGGGUGAAAAACGCUGAAGUUCUUUGUCUGGGAAUAGUUUCAGCUGCGAUUUUUAUGGUUGUCAUGCCCCUAUUCAAGGCUACAGGAGGAGUUCUUCUCCAAAUGGCACCUUCACACAUCACCUCUUCUGCGUUGAACAAGUGCUGGAGACAGGUUACCUCUCGUCAAGAUGUUUCAGAAAUCUUUCAAGCCCGUGUAUGGGAAAUGGUGCCGGGCCAUGCCAUUGGAUCAAUUUCACUGCAGAUGAAGAAGGGAAUGGAUGAUCGGGCGGUGCUCCAAUAUGUUCGCUACUUAUACCAUGAUCUUGGAGUCCAAGAUUUAACCGUACAAAUUGAUUAUGCUUGACAAUGUAUAUAUAGUACAUACAUACAAAUUGUGAUUAAUCAAUUUUCACGGAGUUCACAUAUUUUAACUUUUAAACAAUCGAUCGAGAUUCUAAAGUAUAUGUUUGGCUUUAUUUCCUGAUAUUAUUCUAGACAGUACACAUUAUGCUCUUCAUUGCCAUUGAAUUACUUCUCGGUCAAUAAUUCCAUUGAAGUAUCAAUUUUUACCCCC